AUGGACCGAAAAAAAUUAGAUUCCAGACAUUUUUUUAUUUCUUUGGUUAACUUUUAAAUCCAUCUCUACUCUACUCUUAUCCAUUUCAUUUCAGCUGCUGUCAUUGUUCCUCUCUCUCCUCUAUAGUGUACGCCAAGAAUGCAAGGUGUCAUUAAAUCGUUUCUGUCCCGCGGGAGUUUCAUCAAGACUGCCGUUUUGCAACGCGUCUGUCUGGUGAAUCCGGUGCUGAGGCCAUUGGUUUUUUCGAGAAAUGAGUCGGUUUCAUCGGCUCGUAUAGAAGAGCAAGGAUUUGAGAGCACGACUAUAUCAGAUAUCUUAAAAGCUAAAGGUAAAAGUGCUGAUGGGUCUUGGCUUUGGUGCACUACUGAUGAUACUGUUUAUGAUGCCGUCAAGUCGAUGACCCAACACAAUGUUGGAGCCUUGGUGGUGGUGAAAUGUGGGGAGCAAAAAUCAAUUGCUGGGAUUAUUACUGAGAGAGAUUAUCUCCGGAAGAUAAUAGUGCAGGGAAGAUCAUCCAAGUCAACCAAGGUCGGGGACAUAAUGACCGAAGAGAACAAGCUUAUCACGGUGACACCGAACACCAAAGUUCUGCUAGCAAUGCAAUUGAUGACAGACAACCGCAUUCGGCACAUUCCAGUAAUCGAUGACAGGGGAAUGAUAGGCAUGGUAUCAAUUGGAGAUGUUGUUCAUGCUGUGCUGACUGAGCAUCGUGAACAGCUGGACCGCAUGAACGCGUUUAUACAUGGAGGUUACUAGAUAUUGAAGACAAUGAUAGAAUGUUGAGAUAAGCUCUUUGAACACUAAAAAACCAGGAGCUUGUGAAUAUGGUGUGUUGUGUGCAUCUCAGUUCAUGUUGUCUUUUGUUUUUACAGAUGUCAAUAUGCGGUGACAUGAAAUACUACCGUGUAGGUUUAUAUCAAGAGCUCUAAAUUUGCUUUCCA